AUGGCAAGCCUCAAUCCUUUACCAAGCAAUACUAUACUUGCAUUCAUGGACGUGUCUUCUUUAUAUACCAACAUUCCACAAGACGAAGGAAUAGCAGCGUGUGAAGAUGCAUUGAACACUCGUAGUGAAAAAAAUCCUCCUACUGAGUGCCUUGUUACACUUCUGAAACUAGUACUGGAGAAUAACAACUUCUCUUUCAAUGAAAAACACUAUCUCCAGAUAGACGGUACUAGUAUGGGCACAAAAAUGGCCCCGUCAUAUGCCAACAUAUUUAUGGGCCAACUUGAAAAACGCCUCUUGGCUAGUGCUCCAUAUCAGCCCUUAUCAUGGUUCAGAUUCAUUGACGAUAUUGAUUUCAAAUGGAUAGAUUCACAACAACAUCUCAAUGAAUUUCUAGAACAAUGUAACUCUUUCCACCAUUCAAUACAAUUUACAUAUGAAUCAUCUAUGGUGAAAAUUAACUUCCUCGAUACUACGAGUUACAUCAAGAACGGAACCAUUAUAACGGACCUUCAUUUCAAACGAACGGACAAACAUCAAUUCCUUUCUCCUAAAAGUUGCCAUCCUAAACACUGCUCCCGUGGUAUCCCAUUCAGCCAGGCAUUGCGAAUCAAGAGAAUAUGCUCUACUGAAAAUACGAAAAAUUCUAGACUUGGACAACUUCGUAAACAUCUAGUUGUUCAAGGAUACAAUAACAACAUCAUUGAUAGCGCUUUCGAAAGAGCAAACAGAACUAGUCGCCAAGAACUUCUUGAGUACAAAGAUAAGAAUAAAGCAGCUAACAGAACACCCCUUGUACUCACUUACCAUCCUGAUUUUAAAAAUGUGUCAUCCAUUGUUCAGAAGCAUUGGGAAAUUAUAGAAAAUAAAUUUAAAUCUAAAAAAAGUUUUUUCAUCACCACCAGUCAUGGCCUUCAGAAGACCUAA